AUGGCAACGGUGACAACGACAACGGUGCGCCGCAGGGGCCUCGGCGGCGACCUGCCGGGCGCCAGGGAGGCCUACACCCACGGCCUGCAGCUCGCCGAGCAGAGGCUCGCCGAGCGCAAGGCCAACGGCGAGGAGAAGAAGGACCUGCAAAUCGCGCGGCUGACGAUGCGCUUCAACCGCGCUUGGGUGUCGGAGAGUUUGGGGGACCAGCCCAACUUCGCCCAGGCAACGCAGGACUACAUGGUCCUCGGCGAGGAGCACAACUGGUUCUCGGACGCGCUCCUGCGGCUAGGCGCGCAGUGGCAGCGCAUGGGGGAGGCCGACCUCGCGGUGCAGAGGUACCAGGAAGCGAUGAAGCAGAACCCGGUGCUUGCGGCCCUGAUGCAGGCGGAGGCGUUCAGACACCGCGGCGACUACACCAGGGCGCUGCAGAGCGCCGAGAAUGCCGUCCGGCACGCGGGCACGAAGCAGUUCCACUACGCACACGUCUCCUUGGGCAACCUGUACUACGAGGUUGCGACUGCGUCGAAGACGAAGUCGAAGGACAGGGACCAGUACUUGUGCAAGGCCCUUCGCAAUUUCAUCCAGGCGCUGGGGCACGAGAAAGACUCUCACUUCGCCGCCAACGGGACCUU